UUGCGACGGCACAAAAAUUGCGUUGUGUUCUCAUUGCAAGCGGUUUUAUAUUAAACUUAUGCACAGUUAUGUCUCAUUCAGACGUUAUUGCUGCUAGAUUCCUGGCUUUUGAUCAAAUGUACAGAUAUGAGAGGCGUUUAGAGACGUUUGCAGAUUGGCCUUUCCGUGAGGAUUGUCAGUGCACACCAGAGCUGAUGGCCAAGGCAGGUUUUGUACACUGUCCUAGUGAGAAUGAGCCUGAUGUGGCCUGCUGUUUCUACUGCCUCAAAGAGCUGGAAGGCUGGGAGCCAGAAGAUAUUCCCUGGUCUGAGCAUGCGAAACGUUCUCCAGACUGUGGAUUCUUGCAGAUUAAAUCUGUUCAGAAGGUCACUGCCAUUGAGUUUUUCCGUCUUGAGCAUGGGCGGAUUCGCAAUUACAUCAGGAAAAUGGCACACAUGAAGAUUGCAUACUUCCGUGAUGAAGUGGAAAGCACCAGCAAAAAUUUGAAAGUUCUUUUUGAUAUCUUGUAGUUUUGUUUUAACUGUAAUUGUUUUGUCUAUCAAUAAACUUUGUCUUUUCAAAUCCAUGUUUAAUUUGCUGUGCUGUGUCAGCAGGCCACAGGGAGGCAGUGUCAUGCAGGGGUCUUUGCUUGACCAGAGCAAUGUGAGGAGGGGGGGAACUGAAUCCUAGCAGUAUUUGCUUUGCUUUACCACAAAUCCUGAUCAAAUCCUGCAGGCAUUUGACGGAACUGAAUAAAUGAAACGUUUACCACAUGU